UCAGCUCCCGCCCCAACGCGCAGGCGCGGCGGAGCCGCUGCCGGGGCUCUGUCCGCCGCCGUGGCCCGGCGGGCUGCGGCGGGGAGCGGCGGCGGCAGCAUGCGGCAGUCCCUGACUCAGCAGCGCCCGGGCGGCGUCCCCCUGCCCGACUCCGUGGGGUCGUUCAAUAGAAGAAAAAGAAAUUCCCUCUACGUAACUGUGACUCUCCUCAUUGUGUCAGUAUUAAUUCUAACGGUGGGCCUAGCUGCUACAACAAGAACCCAAAAUGUGACUGUUGGAGGUUAUUACCCAGGGGUUAUUCUUGGUUUUGGGUCGUUUCUUGGAAUAAUUGGAUCAAACUUGAUAGAAAACAAAAGGCAAAUGCUGGUUGCAUCGAUCGUCUUCAUCAGCUUUGGCGUCAUUGCUGCGUUCUGCUGUGCCAUAGUAGACGGUGUCUUUGCUGCCAGACACAUAGAUCUGAGGCCACUGUACGCGGGGCGAUGUCAGUACUACUCCAAGAGUACGACCCCACCGGAGGCAAUCUGUCACCCACAGCGCCGUGCACCCUGCACACCGAAAAUAAAAACCAACACCUGCUUCUGUUGUGACCUGUAUAACUGUGGAAACAGAGUAGAGAUUUCUGGAGGCUACUAUGAAUACAUUGAUGUCAGCAGCUGCCAGGACAUCAUCCACCUUUACCACUUGCUUUGGUCGGCAACGAUUCUGAACAUAGUGGGACUAUUCCUAGGGAUCAUUACAGCAGCAAUACUUGGAGGCUUUAAAGACAUGACUCCUUCCCUCCCUACGCUGAACUGUACGGUUGAAAAUGCACACCCUUCGGUGUCCUACUACUCAAGGCCGCAGGUGACAUCUUACAACACCUACUACCACAGCACUCCUCACCUGCCUCCCUACUCCGCAUACGACUUUCAGCAUUCCAGCAUGUUUCCAGCCUCCACUCCUUCCGGCCUCUCCGAUGACCCCCAGUCAGUGUCGCCGUCUCCCAGCUAUAUGUGGUCGUCUAAUGCGCCGCCUCGUUACUCGCCACCGUAUUUUCCACCUUUUGAAAAGCCACCACCUUAUACACCGUAAAGAAUGUGGGAAAGAAGAAAAAAAUAUUUGCCAUUGAAAUAAUUGUGAACAUUUUGUAUUUAUGUUUUACUGUGGGAGGGAGCAGGAGGAUAGAUACAGAAGAUAAUUGCAAAUACAAAUAUUAGAUUGGACUGUUCUUUCUUGCGAGACUAAUUUCAGAGGUUUAACAACAGAGGAAGGGGACAUACUGCUGAUGUUUUGCAGUGCCGGUGAGUAGCAGGUGACCUAAAUUCCAGCCUCCUUGUUUUACCGCGAGGUUCAUGUAGUCCUUGGUUUUUAAUAAAGCGAUACAACACGGAUGGUAGAUUCUGGUCUGCCUUACUCCAUCUUGUGCCAAGCUGAAGUAAGGGUAGCCAAGAUCGAUAGUUGCAGGAGAGUAUCAGUCUCUUUAAGGUGAGGGUGCUUGCAGACACCUCGACUUGACGCUUGUUUUGUUUGGCCUUGGGAUUCUUUGGGGCUGCAGAACCUAGCUCGUGUCACUUGUUGGUUGGUUACAGCCUACGCACUGGAAAAAUCUUGGAGGGAACCACAACAGUGUCUCAAACUUUAGCGUUAAUGAAAACGUCAUAGGAUAUUUUUCAUGUAUGUCCAGCAAAACAAUCGGAAUAUUGCUUUUUUGAGGGGAAAAGCUUUAAUAGGCAAGCUGUUUUUAUUUCAGGAUGCUUCUUAAGAUGGAAGGUGAAAUGGACUUGUCUCUCUCUGAAUUCUGUGUAAGUAAUGCUGAAGUCAAACAGUUUGGGUGGUUGCACUGCCUAAAUCUUCUUUGUAUUCCUAUAAAGAGCAUCAGAAACUGUCCACAAGUCACUAAAACAGUGCAGUGAAAACAUUAUUUUUUUCUUCCUUUCUGUUUGGUUGGGAUUUUUUUUUUAAGCUUGUACUUUUAACUUUUUUAAUGGACUGAAUCAGCACCCUGAAUAAGCACUGUUUUAGUAGCUGUAUUAUGGGCUGCACAUAAGGAAUAUCCACUACUAGUUCUCUAAGAUGUAAGUCUCACAUGGAUAAAAUUCAACACCCUGUAAUAUAGGAUGAAACUGAUAGGAAUUUGCAGUUAUUAUUGUGACUUUCAUUUAGUCUUCAGCCGAUGACUGUGCUGAUUGAUCUAGAUUCCAACAGAUUUUGCAUGCAUCCUGCAUAAAAAGAGAAGGUCAGCUUUGUUACGUGACACACUGUGCUGUAAAGUGUGGCUCUACUCCAGGAAGUGAUUUCAGAUGACAAAGUUCAGAUCUGAGCUGCUCAACCUGAGCGUUCUCAACUGCUUACUUCAGGGAUAAAAAUAAGGUAUUGACAUUUUACUCCUUAUUUCCUAAAGAUUUAAUUUCCUUGGCAUCAGAUUGUUGACCUUAAUCCUCAAUCGUCUACCUUUACUUUCAAGUGAUGCAGACGAAAAGGUACCUAAAAGCUAAAUCUGGCUUUCAGAAUCUAAAAGUGGAAUACGUGCUAGGGGGAAAAAAAAAAAUCCAGUUGGAUUUUAAACUGUGGCAUUUCUCUACUUUUUUUUUUUUUAAGAUUAAAAGAAAUACUGUCAACAUGGAAAACAAACACUGAAGUCUCUGAUCUCGCGUUUCGAAGUACACCCACACUUUAUAAUGCUGGUUUUAGUCCUAUGCAUUUGCAAAGCCUUUAGGCUAGGCUAUGUGUUAACCUUAUCAUUUCCACUGUCAAAUACUAAUCAGUAUAUUAAUAAGCUGAAGGAUGAUACUGUUUAUCCAGAAGCAAGCAUAACUUUUCUCCAGUAACAAAGAAAAAUAAAUGGCUGGAGAAACGACUACAACUCAUGGGAUUUAAAGCAGUAGUGUAUGUAAAUUAAGUGGAAAUAAAUUUAUAUACUAGGGCGCCAUCCGUUUUAUAUUACAUUUUCCUGAAUUAAAUCUUGAUAAAGAGACCAUGGGUAAUUUCAAAAUAGACAGUACUUCUCCUGCUAAAACUCCCCACGAAACUAGAAUCAGAAGGGCACAUUAAUUUAGCAUCAGAAAACAUUUUAUUGCUCCAUCUUUGAAAUAAAAGCUAACAGUCCUGUCCCACUUCUGACAAACACACUCAACCAUUUGUGCCUGUCAACUAAAUAGGGCUAGAAGGACUAGGGGACACUACAGGACAGGACUAAAACUCAUGAGGGGAACAUAACUUAGUGGCAGAGAAACAAUUAGGAAAUGACUAUGUCAUUGUUUUUGAGUUGACAAAUACUAAACUUAGGAAAAUAUCCAAAUUCUCAUUUUUUUUUUCUAAGGAAUAUUUAAAAGAAAUUACAUUGCUGCUUUAAAUUCACUAUAAAAGGACAAGUCCAUUUUCACAUUUAAAAAAUAACUGGUGGGAUUUUCUGUUGAUUACCCAUUUCCUUCUGCUUGAGUAAAACUAAGCGUUUAAUGUAAAUGCAACAUUCUGCACUGUAUAUUCAUCAUUUCUUAUGAGAAUGUCAAGAUUGUGACUCAUAUGUACCCUUUUAUUACUUUACCAAAGUUAAAUAAAAUUGUGUGACUUUUGUAAA